GUGUGGGAGAGUUGGGGGCGCGCUGCGCCCGGCCGGCUUCCCCGGUGCCCUCGUGAGUUAUGGAGACGCCCAGCUGCAUUCAGGAUGAGCCUUUCCCGCACCCCCUGGAGCCCGAGGCGGGCGCGCCCACGCAGCCGGGCCCCGGGAAGCCGGGAGACAAGCAGUUCCGGCUGUGGUACGUGGGAGGGUCGUGCCUGGACCGCAGGACCACGCUGCCCAUGCUGCCCUGGCUCAUGGCCGAGAUCCGCCGGCGCAGCCAGAAGCCCGAGGCGGGCGGCUGCUGCGGGGCGCCCGCCGCGCGCGAAGUGCUCCUGGUGCUUGGCGCGCCCUUCCUGCGCUGCGUCCCCGCACCGGGCGCCGGGGCGGCGGGGGGUGCGGGCCCCAGCACCGUACAGCCCAACCCCGCGGUGUUCAUCUUCGAGCACAGGGCGCAGCACAUCGCGCGCUUCAUCCACAACAGCCACGACCUCACCUACUUUGCCUACCUGAUCAAGGCGCAGCCCGACGACCCCGAGUCGCAGAUGGCUUGCCACGUUUUCCGAGCCACAGACCCCAACCAGGUCCCGGAUGUUAUCAGCAGCAUCAGGCAGUUAUCCAAAGCUGCCAUGAAGGAGGAUGCCAAACCCAGCAAGGACACGGAGGACGCCUUUUACAACUCGCAGAAGUUCGAGGUCUUAUACUGUGGGAAGGUGACCGUGAGCCACAAGAAGGCGCCGUCCAGUCUCAUUGACGACUGCAUCGAAAAGUUCAGCCUGCACGAACAGCAGCGCCUGAGGCUUCAGGCGGACCCCAGCGAGGACUUGGUGACCCCGGAGGCCGAGGUGCCAGGGGCCCCCCGAGACACCUUGCAAGAGGAGACCGAGGCCGAGGGCAACGCCGACACCCAUCCCGGGCUCCCCGCCGCACCCAGCCAGCCUGCGCCACCCACCUCUAGGCUUUGCUUCCCUGAGCGGAUUUUGGAAGAUUCAACCUUCGACGAACAGCAAGAGUUCCGGUCUCGGUGUAGCAGUGUCACCGGAGUCCUGCAGAAGAAAGUUCACGAGAGCGGCCAAAUAGCACAGCCUCGCCGGAGACAUGCGAGCGCGCCCAGCCAUGUGCAACCCUCGGAUUCCCAGAAGAACAGAACGAUGCUGUUCCAGGUUGGACGAUUUGAGAUUAACCUUAUCAGUCCAGACACUAAAUCAGUUGUUCUAGAAAAGAAUUUUAAAGAUAUCUCCUCUUGUUCUCAGGGUAUAAAGCACGUCGAUCACUUUGGCUUUAUCUGCCGGGAGUCUGCAGAGCCGGGGCUGAGCCAGUAUAUCUGUUACGUGUUCCAGUGUGCCAGCGAGUCUCUGGUCGAUGAGGUCAUGCUGACUCUGAAGCAGGCUUUCAGUACUGCCGCUGCCCUGCAGAGUGCCAAGACGCAGAUUCAGCUGUGCGAGGCCUGCCCCAUGCACUCUUUGCACAAGCUCUGUGAAAGGAUUGAAGGCCUCUACCCUCCAAGAGCCAAGCUGGUGAUCCAGAGGCACCUGUCAUCCCUGUCGGACAAUGAGCAAGCUGACAUCUUUGAACGAGUUCAGAAAAUGAAGCCAGUCAGUGACCAGGAAGAAAAUGAACUUGUGAUUUUACACCUGAGGCAGCUGUGUGAAGCCAAGCAAAAGACACACACGCACAUUGGGGAAGGCCCAUCGACUAUUGCAAAUAGUACAAUCCCGGAAAAUGCGACAAGCAGUGGAAGAUUCAAACUUGACAUUUUGAAAAACAAAGCUAAGAGAUCCCUAACUAGCUCCCUGGAAAAUAUCUUCUCAAGGGGAGCUAACAGAAUGAGAGGCCGGCUUGGGAGCAUGGACAGCUUUGAACGGUCCAACAGUCUUGCUUCAGAAAAGGACUGCUCCCCGGGGGACUCUCCUCCGGGCACCCCGCCAGCCUCGCCCUUGUCUUCGGGCUGGCACACCUUCCCAGAGGAGGACUCCGACUCCCCGCAGUUCCGGAGACGGGCGCACACGUUCAGCCACCCGCCGUCCAGUACCAAGAGAAAGCUGAACUUGCAGGAAGGGAGGGCGCCCGGCGUGCGCUCGCCCCUCCUGAGACAGGGCUCCAGCGAGCAGUGCAGCAUUCCUCCAUCAGUUCGACGCAUCCAAAAGGAGAGUAAUUCUUCCUCCAGUCUUCCAAGUCUUCAUACUUCCUUCUCUGCCCCUUCCUUCACUGCCCCCUCUUUCCUGAAAAGCUUUUACCAGAAUUCAGGUAGACUGUCCCCACAGUAUGAACAUGAAAUCAGACAGGACACUGCUUCCGAAUCAAGUGAUGGAGAAGGGAGAAAAAGGACCUCGUCCACCUGCAGCAACGAGUCCCUAAAUGCUGGAGGAACCCCCGUGACGCCUCGCCGGAUCUCCUGGCGGCAGCGCAUUUUCCUCAGGGUUGCUUCGCCGGUGAACAGAUCCCCCUCGGCAAUGCAGCAGCAAGAUGGACUGGACAGGAACGAGCUGCUGCCACUGUCUCCUCUCACUCCCACCAUGGAGGAGGAACCGCUGGUGAUUUUCCUGUCUGGUGAGGAUGACCCAGAAAAGGUUGAAGAGAAAAAGAAGUCAAAAGAACUAAAGAGCUUGUGGAAAAAAGCUAUACAUCAACAAAUCUUGUUGCUUCGAAUGGAAAAAGAAAACCAGAAACUUGAAGCACGAAGAGAUGAGCUUCAGUCCAGGAAAGUUAAACUGGACUAUGAAGAAGUUGGUGUCUAUCAGAAAGACGUCUUAAUAACCUGGGAUAAGAAGCUGUUAAACUGCAGAGCAAAAAUCAGGAGUGAUAUGGAAGACAUUCAUACUUCUCUUAAAGAAGGCGUUCCCAAGAGUCGCCGAGGAGAGAUUUGGCAAUUCCUAGCUUUGCAGUACCGUCUCAGGCAUAGAUUGCCCAACAAACAACAGCCUCCAGACACAUCCUACAAGGAACUUUUAAAGCAGCUCACGGCUCAGCAGCACGCAAUUCUUGUGGAUUUAGGUAGGACGUUUCCUACUCACCCAUACUUUUCAGUACAGCUUGGGGCAGGGCAGCUGUCACUCUUCAACCUCCUGAAAGCCUAUUCUUUGCUGGACAAGGAAGUGGGCUACUGUCAGGGGAUCAGCUUCGUGGCUGGAGUCCUGCUUCUGCACAUGAGUGAGGAGCAAGCCUUUGAAAUGCUCAAGUUCCUCAUGUACGACCUCGGCUUCCGCAAGCAGUACAGACCCGACAUGAUGUCGCUGCAGAUUCAAAUGUACCAGCUGUCCAGGCUCCUUCAUGACUAUCACAGGGAUCUCUACAAUCAUCUGGAAGAGAACGAGAUCAGCCCCAGUCUCUAUGCUGCACCCUGGUUCCUCACACUGUUUGCCUCUCAGUUUCCUUUAGGAUUCGUAGCCAGAGUCUUUGAUAUAAUUUUUCUUCAGGGGACUGAAGUUAUAUUUAAAGUUGCGCUCAGUCUGCUGAGCAGCCAGGAGUCACUUAUAAUGGAAUGUGAAAACUUCGAGAAUAUUGUUGAGUUCCUUAAAAACACUAUCCCCGAUAUGAAUACCUCUGAGAUGGAAAAAAUUAUUACCCAGGUGUUUGAGAUGGACAUUUCCAAGCAGUUACACGCCUAUGAGGUGGAAUAUCACGUGCUGCAGGAUGAGCUGCAGGAAUCCUAUGCCUGUGAGGACAGUGAGCCUCUGGAGAAGCUGGAGAGGGCCAACAGCCAGCUGAAGAGACAGAACAUGGACCUCCUAGAAAAACUGCAGGUGGCUCAUGCUAAAAUCCAGGCCUUGGAAUCCAACCUGGAAAAUCUUUUGACCAGGGAGACCAAAAUGAAGACUUUAAUCCGGACUCUGGAACAAGAGAAAAUGGCUUAUCAAAAGACAGUGGAGCACAUCCGGAGGCUCGUGCCAGCAGAUGCUCUACCCAACUGUGAAGUGCUCCUGAAAGACCUCAACUGCAACCCCAACAACAAAGCCAAGACAGGAAAUAAGCCAUAAUUGCAGACGCACUGACUUGGCAGAAAGUGCUCCUUAACCUACCACACAGAGGAAGAGCCUGCAUGAUACCAGCCCGCCCUGGACACCGCCAGUGAUGGAACCACCUCCGCUGGUGCGGGGCCGCGAGGCAGCAGGUGCAUCUAGCUCUCCUCGGAGCUUGCCAACCCUAAGCCAUCGUACAUUUGUAAACUGGGGUUUCCUGUUGUUGCUGACUGUAUACAUAUACAUACAUAUAUAUAUAUAUAUAAUGGACAUGAAGAAUUCACGCUUUCAGAUCAAAUGAGUGGAUGUAUAUUUAGAGCAGCUCUUUCAUUUCUUUCCUUUUUUUUUUUUAAGUCACAAUUUCAUGGAAUCCACACCAAAGGGAAGUUAAAAUGAAAUCCCCCUCAGACUCAUGAUGAACUCUUUGUCUUUAUAGUGAAACAAAGCUCGAUCAUCUUUGUAUAUUGAAAUGUACUUGAAAAAAUGAAUGUAUUUUUUCCUCCAAAGAGCAGCAUGUUUCCUUUAAUGGUGGAAAGGCGGAAACAUUUAUUUGACUUUCUGUGCUUCUAUCUUAAAAUCUGCUGACAUUGUCUUGUCGAGGAGGAUGACUGUUUGCUGGUCGUGUUCCUGUGGGUUUUGGGGGGAGGUGGAGGGCCUUUCCACCCCACCUGCUUUGUGCCAACUAACAUGUCACAUCUCUAUGUAUUCAAAGUCCUGUUAGAUCUUACGUUAGAACUAUGUAAGAAGGCGGGAUGUUGUGAUUGAGUCUGCCCAGGGCAGGGUAAAGGAGAUAGUUGCUAAUUUUCUAGCAAAUUAGAUCAACAUUGUUACUCAGACUAAAAAUAUCAGGCCUCAAAAAUAUAAUUUAGUACGUAAAUUGUCUGAAUUAGCUUUCUACUUUUUUUAUUUAAAUGACUCCUACAGCCAUGAACUGACUUCCCUUUACCUGGUUUCCACAGUCACCCAGUGACAGGGAUUUGCCAUUCCCCACCAAAUGGUGAGAGCUCUUCAUUUGGUUUUGUCUUCCUUAAAUAUAGGAUCAACAAAAGAAAUUGCAGUUGAUUUUCCAAAGCUGAUGCAUGGUGUGGAAAUACCUUUUGUUGUUGUUGCAAAAUUUGCAGACUCUCACAAACUCUUAAUUAUAUUCCUGUUUCAUGUGACAAUCUAUGAGAAUGGAAGUGUUUGGGACUGAGCUGUUGAAAUCAGUGGGAAGGGGAAAGGAAGAUGGUACCAGCCCAGUGUAUGCUACUGUUCUGCAUUUGGACUCCAAAAAAGUGUCCUCAGCCCAUCUCUAAGGGCAUUCAUCCUUGGUGGGUAUUUGGCAGCCACAUGAUUGAUUUCCUUCCUUCCUUCCUUCCUUCCUUCCUUCCUUCCUUCCUUCCUUCCUUCCUUUCUUUUUUGACAGGCAGAGUUAGUGAGAGAGAGAGAGAGAGAGAGAGAGAGAAAGGUCUUCCUUUCUGUUGGUUCAACCCCCAAAUGGCUAGCGCUCUGCGUCGAUCCGAAGCCAGGAACCAGGUGCCUCCUCCUGGUCUCCCAUGUGGACGCAGGGCCCAAGCACUUGGGCCAUCCUCCACUGCCUUCCCGGGCCACAGCAGAGAGCUGGACUGGAAGAGGAGCAACCAGGACAGAAUCUGGCGCCCCGACCGGGACUGGAACCCUGGGUGCCGGUGCCACAGGCAGAGGAUUAGCCUAGUGAGCCACGGCACCGGCCAUAGCCACAUGAUUUUCAAAGCACAAGUGUGCUUCUCCUUCUCAGAGGUGGUUCUAUGUCUUCCCAAGCAGUGUCUAUCCUCUGUGCUUUUUGCACCACUCGUUUUUUGCAGAGGGGUUACCUGGGGAUAAUUUUCUUGAAAGGGAGUUCAUUCUUUACAAGCUGAAAUUUGACAAGAAAGAGUAAAGCUGUCAAGGACUCUGAGAACCCUGAUGGAGCAGAUGAGAAACUCCAUCUACACUGUUACCCAGUAUGAAUGCAAAGUUCUCUCAUCACAGAGCAGCGUGCUCUUGAAUCCAAGCCAUGUCUUAAAAGAUAAUAACGUCUUAUCUGUAAAGGUAAUGUAACUGUUAGUUUCUAGAAAAUGCUAAUCCGAGGUGUUCCAUUUAGUUGGGGGCCUCUGACUGAUUUAUUCCUUGGAUUUCCUAAACCUUUCCAUAUUGUAGGAAGGGCUUUCCCUAGAAGGAUUAUUAUAAAAAUUUUCUUCAUGUCCGGUGAUAAUAAUUGCCUUUGGGGUGUGAUACACAGGUGGUAGGUGGUCAAGGAAGCUUCAGGUUGAGGGAAGGGACUUCUUUCUGUUGUUCAGUUUAAAUUGAAAUUUAUUGUGGACGUUUGGAGUCAUCAUAAGUAGUUACAUUAUGUUGUUCAGAGAUUAAGGUAACUUGGAUACGAUAUUUCUUUUGAAAAUUUAUUUCCUUUUUCAUUUGUGAUUUUGUAAGUGCUACACCAGUUGUGCUUCAUGCAUUGUUACAUCUUCAUGAGAUUAAUGUCAAGUCUAGGUCAUUUCCAAUAAAUUCAUUG